AACACAAACCAAAACCAUAAAACACGUUGUUCAUAGAUCAAACAAAUCAUGUACUAUCCCCUCAGGUCUAGUUUGAUCUUGUUCUUCCUCUUCUCCUUAUUCUACCAUCUUCCUUGUGCUGCAAGUAAGUGUGAGAGUCUGUUUCAGUGUGGGAACAUCACCGCGGGUUUCCCCUUCUGGGGUGGGAAUCGUCACAAACAUUGCGGUCAUCCAUUGCUAGAGCUUCGCUGCAACCAAUACAACAGUACCACUUUAUUCAUCUCAGACCAAGUGUACUAUGUUCUCCAUGUAGAUCAAACAUCUUACAAUCUUACACUUGCCAGAAACCUUUUCGAUUUCUUUUGCUCCUUUACAUUCACCAACACAACCUUACCACCAGAAAUUUUCGAGAUUUCGUCAACCUACAAGAGCGUCACAUUCUACCACCAUUGCAACCCUUAUCUUCCUUACCUUUCCAACUAUACAUGUCCUGGAAUAGAUCCUCCGAUCACAGUUUCUGGAAACCCGGAAUAUCAUGCGUCCUGCCUUGCCAGUUUCACCACGAACGUUCCAAAGAGCUUUGUUCUAGAAGAGAAAGAGUUGAAUAUGAGCAAUUUGGAAAGUGUUUUAAGAAAAGGAUUUGACGUGAAGGUGAAGGUCGAUGAGAAAGCGUGUCAAGAAUGUUUAUCCUCUCAUGGAUUCUGUAGCUUCAACGAAACCUUUCCAUAUGAAUUUGAAUGCAUUCCACGCCAUCGACCAAAUGCUAGAUCUCAACAAAUCAUGUACUAUCUCCCCACUUCUUGUCUGUUCUUGUUUUUCCUCUUCUCCUCUUUCCACCCUCUUCCUUAUGCUUCAAGUAAACAAGAAGAACUCGGGUGGUGCGAAGCAAAGUUUCAGUGUGGGAACAUAACCGCUGGUUUCCCCUUCUCCGGUGGGAUUCGUCCCCAAAUUUGCGGUCAUCCAUCGCUGGAGCUUCACUGCUUUAACAACAAGACCUCUAUAAUCAUCUCAGACCACCUUUACAAUGUUUUCCAUAUAGAUCAAACAUCUAAGACUCUUAGACUCGCUAGAGCAGAGCUUGAAGGUUCUUUUUGCAACGCGACAUACACAGCCACAACCUUGCCUUCCAAAAUCUUUGAGAUUUCACCUACCUACAAGAGCCUCACUGUUUUCUACCUCUGUGACCGUAAGCUUGCUUACCUUUCGAGUUAUACAUGUCCUGGUAGAGGCCCUGUGGUAGUGUCUCAAAACCUUGAUCAUCAUGAUUCCUGCCAAGGUAGUUUCACUAUCAACGUUCCAAACAACUUCAUUCCAGAAGAGAAAGAGUUGAAUUUGGCACAUUUGGAAAAGGCUUUAAAAGAAGGGUUUGAAGUGAAGGUGAAGAUUGAUGAGAAAGCUUGUCAAAAAUGUUCAUCCUCUGGUGGAAUCUGCGGCUUCGAAAAUUCAACACAGAUUUGCUGCAAGCAAGCCUCAUCAUCAGGAUGCAAUAAACUCCAUCCACUACUUGAUGCUACUGAGCCUGAGCUUCACAGACGCUGUGUUGGCCCAUUUAGCUGUGGUGAUCAGAGCGAGCUCUUUUAUCCUUUCUGGAAAUCUGGUAGAGAAGACUGUGGCCACCCUGACUUCAAGCUCGACGACUGUAGUGGAAGAUUCGCAGAGCUUAGCAUUUCCUCUGUGAAAUUUAGAAUCCUUGAAGCGAAUUAUGUCUCUGGUAUCAUAAGACUUGCCAGAUUGGAUUAUAUCAGCAAUCUUUGUCCACAAAACCCACCAAAUGCGCCAUUCAACGAAAACGUCCUUCCAUUCACUCCUGACACCGAGCUGCUGACGAUUUAUUACGACUGCCCGGAAUCUUCAAUUUCUACUUAUUUUGGAGAGCUUGAUUGUGACGGUGGUGAUGGUGUAGAUCGAAAAAAUUACUAUGUUACGAGAAAUCUCUCAUCCCCUUUACUUAGCGGGGUUAAUGACCUUUUAAGCAACUUCAGGAGAUUGUGCCAAAGAUACGUUAGUAUUCCCGCAUCUGGUUCGGCGUUAGACGCACUUCAGAACCUUCCGACUGAAGAUAAUCUGAAGAAUGCUCUUAAAGAGGGUUUCCAGCUACAACUUAACCAAGAUUGUCCAAUGUGCAUGGAGUCAGGGGGUGCUUGUGGAUAUGAUCAGACACGGACCUCAAGCGGAUUCGUCUGCUAUUGUAUAGACAAGUCAAGUAACCAUACUUGCGGUUCUAAAAAAAAGGGCCUCUCUACUGGAGAGAAAGCAGGCAUUGCGGCUGGAGCUUUUGUAUUGGGGUUGGCCAUUCUUAUAGUCGCAGGUGUGUUCUUAUGCAUCAGACGGAGAAGAAAGACUCAGGACGCUGAAUACACAAGCAAAAGCUUGCCAAUAACAUCAUAUUCGAGUAGAGAAACAUCAAGAAAUCCAACUUCCACAACAAUCUCCUCCAGUAGCAACCACUCUCUUCUUCCCUCAAUCUCAAACCUCGCAAACGGAAGCGACUACUAUGGAGUUCAAGUCUUCAGCUAUGAAGAACUUGAAGAAGCAACUGAGAAUUUCUCUAGAGAACUCGGAGAUGGUGGCUUCGGUACUGUCUACUACGGCGUGUUGAAAGACGGACGAGCUGUAGCAGUGAAACGCCUCUACGAAAGAUCACUAAAACGCGUCGAACAAUUCAAGAACGAAAUCGAAAUCUUGAAGUCCCUAAAACAUCCGAAUCUCGUGAUCCUCUACGGAUGCACAUCGCGACACAGCAGAGAACUUCUACUCGUCUACGAGUACAUCUCAAACGGAACUCUAGCCGAACAUCUCCACGGCCACCGCGCAGAAGCUCGUCCUCUCUGCUGGUCAACCCGAUUAAACAUCGCAAUCGAAACCGCAAGUGCAUUAUACUACCUCCACAAAUCAGAAGCAGUAGACAUCACUCGUCACCGUCACGAUAUCAACCUAGCGAACAUGGCUGUAUCCAAAAUCCAGAACAAUGCAUUACACGAGCUUGUAGAUUCGAGUUUAGGAUUUGAUAAUGAUCCUGAAGUUAGGAGGAAGAUGAUGUCGGUGGCGGAAUUAGCGUUUCGAUGUUUGCAACAAGAGAGAGAAGUUAGACCUUCGAUGGAUGAGAUUGUGGAGAUUUUGAGAGGGGUUAAGGAGGAAGAGAAGUCGCCGGAUGUUGUGGAUAUUGAAUGUGGUGGUGAUGAUGUUGGAUUGUUGAGGAAUAGUGUUCCGCCGCCGAUUUCGCCGGAGACUGAUAAGUGGACGAGUAGUUCUGAUACGGCGGCGAGUUUGUAAUUAGGGUUCGUUGGUGACAUCACUGUAAGUGUUUUUUUUUUUUUUUGUAAAAUUUAUUAUUGUUUUGUUUUGGCGAGACUGUUUUUAAAUGGACUUCUAUUUUUGGGUACCAAUUAAAAUGACAUUACUAUU